UGGCCGAGAUAGGUCCCGCCUCCUGCCAUCCUGAGGUUUGGGGCCAGAAGGAAGGGUCUCCGAUGGGCAGGGAGAGGUACCAGGGUGCCCAGCCAGUCCAGGACUGUCCCUUGCUGGCCUCCCCCUCCCCUGACCCCCAAGCCCUGCGCCUGGGAAGCUCUGCCUCCCAGGGGGGACAUUGGCCCGUCCUUCCUCUGCCUCCAGCACCCAGGAUGGCCGCAGCCGGCAGUGACUGUGGGGACAGCAGCCGUGACUAAGUCCACUGGCCGGUGCCGAGCCGCUGAGCCGAGCUAAGGUGCUGUGCUGCGCGCAGAGCCCCUGGAACAGGCAUCUGCAGGGCGAGCCGGCCGCCGCGAUGCCGCACUUCCUGGACUGGUUCGUGCCCCUGUACCUGGUCAUCUCCGUCCUCGUCCUGGCCGGCUUCGGCGCCUGCAUCUACUACUUCGAGCCGGGCCUGCAGGAGGCGCACAAGUGGCGGAUGCAGCGCCCCGCGGUGGACCGGGACCUCCGUAAGACGCUGAUGGUCCGCGACAACCUGGCCUUCGGGGGCCCAGAGGCCUGAGCCCGGGCUGGGGCUGGGGGCGGGGGUGGUU